UCUAGCCGUGGACUUCUAUUUUGAAAAAGUAACGAAUGGUGGCCAUAAUUGUUGAUAUUAUUGUCGCUGGCUCUAUGUCUACACAGCAGAUUCUUCUGAUAACGUUAAACCAGGGAAAAGGAACCGUGCUGCUAGUUUCAAAGAACAACAUUUGGUAACGAUUGUGACAUGUCAUUCUCAAUGCAGCCUACCACAGUGCUAAUGACCUCGGAUUCCUCUGCUUUGGGUGUCACAGUUUCUGGGAAUGUGCAGAAAUAUAGCAACAAAAAGAAGAAGAUCCUCAGUGCAGAAGAGUUUGAAGUCUUUGAGCUGACUCAGGCUGCUGGAAUUAUUUUAGACCAGGAAGUCUUUAAGAUCAUUUUGGACCUGCUGAAGAUGAAUGUGGCUCCUCUGGCUGUCUUCCAAACGUUAAAAGCCAUGUGUGUAGGCCAACGACUCAUUGAUACUUCAGCUGGAGACAGCUCUUCAGCUUCAGUGUCCACCACCCACCCAGAGACCAGAGUGCGGACCAAAAUGGCACAGACACACACGGAAAAGGGAGGGAGAGAUGGCUCCAGUCAGCGGGUGCCUCGUCAGUCCAGCACUAGUAGGGGGCUAAAAAAUAGCAAGAGCCCUGGAAGCAGCAGUUCCUCUUAAUACACUGUAAAUGUGACAAUUCUUUCUCACUAAGAAGACACAUUAGUUUCUAUGUGGAUCUGAAUCGUUGUUUACUGUUAACAUAUAUUUAUGACCAGAUUUCUGUAAUGCGAGAGGUUUUUGGUUUCUGUAUUCAGUUAUUGUCAAUAAAAAAAGUGCGUUCUGACUGCAUUUGUGGUAAUGAGA